AUGUCCACUAUAGGCCGGGGCCGUCUGGGCUCCACUUCCCCAGACCCAGGCGCGUCAUCACACGACCAACACGCUCUUCUUGACCUCGUAGACGGGGAAGAGUCCGAUACGCGUGGCAGAAGCCAUGCCGAUGGGAAAGGAAGUGCUGCGGCGGAUUUAAUGCGCAGACUUGGAGUCUCACCGGAACGACGUAUCAAAGUCACGCCUGAAGAUGAUGCUCGGGUGCUAAGGCGGAUUGAUAUGGUUGUUCUGCCUCUUAUGCUGGCUGUUUACUUCCUCCAAGGUCUUGAUAAAGCGACAAUUGCAUACGCCUCCAUCUUCGGCCUUAUCGAAGACACAGGCCUCGAGGGCAACCAAUUCUCCUGGCUCAGCUCCAUCGUCUACGUCGCACAGCUCAUUGCGCAAUUCCCUCUAGCCUGGCUUCUCGUGAAGCUUCCCAUUGGCAAAUUCACCAGCUGCAUGGUCACCCUGUGGGGUCUCACGCUGACAUUCAUGGCUGCGGCGCAUACGUUUCGCAGUCUGCUUUUUGCUCGGUUCUGGCUCGGCGCUUUCGAGGCUAGUAUUGCGCCCAGUUUCGUGGCUAUUACCCAGAUGUUUUGGCGGAGGAGGGAGCAGCCUCUUCGUAUGUCGUAUUGGUAUGCGAUGAAUGGUUUUACCGGUGUGUUUGGAAGUUUGGCUACAUGGUGGCUUGCGCAGCUGCCAUUGGGACUCAAGCCAUAUCAGACAAUCUUCGUCGUCUUCGGAAUUAUCACAGUUUGCUUCUCCACGGUUCUAUUCUCCCUCAUGCCCGACUCCCCAGCAGAAGCGAAGUUCCUCAAUAAGCAUGACAAGCUUAUUGCCAUUGAGCGAUUGAGAAUGAACCAAACAGGUGUCAUGUCACGUCAAUGGCGAUGGGAUCAUUUUUGGGAGACGGUUCGAGAUGUGAAGACCUGGCUAUGGUUCGCUCUCAUCUUCAGUAUCUCGGUUCCCUCGGGUGGCGUAGGCUCUUUCGGUCCUCUUCUCAUCAAGUCCUUCGGCUUUGACUCCUUCCAGGCCAUUCUCUUCAACGCACCAUUCGGCAUUGUCCAGACUAUUUCUACCAUUGGAGGGUCCUAUGUUGCGACCAGAUACCACAAGAAAGGGCCUGUGAUUGUAUUCCUGGCUUUAUUCCCCAUUCUAGGCUGCAUGGUCAUGCUAUCGACGCCGCAUACGCCCGAAGGCAGGAAUACAUUAUUGAGCGGGUACUACAUGAUUUCUGUUUUUCCAGGAAUAAUUCCGUUGAUUUACUCAUGGUCAUCCUCCAACACUGCCGGUGACACCAAGAGCAAAUGUAACUCAUCUGCACUUUUCAUCGGCCAAUCCCUCGGAAACAUUGUUGGUCCACUACUAUACAAACCAUCCGAGGCACCCGAAUAUCACCGGGGCCUAUACUGGAACUUGUUACUAUACUGCUCCAUCGUUGGACUUGUUGUCGUGACGAGCAUGUACCUCUCAUAUCUCAACCGCGACCACAGUCGUCGACGCGUGUUAGCAGGGAAGGAUGCCGUUAUUACUGACUAUAGCUUAUAUUCACCUGAAGAAGCGGAUCGGUUGCGCAGGGCGAGAGCGAUAGACGGGCAGCAGGUGGAAAAUGCGAGGGACGGGACGGUUGGGGAUCAUGCGUUUGACGAUUUGACUGAUUUGAUGAACGAUGAGUUUGUCUUUGUCUUCUGA